UCACAAAUGCCAAGCUCACCACAGACAAAAACGGUUCGCUUGACUGUGAUUGCAGCAGAUGGUCUGGUGAAAAAGGACUUAUUCUUUAAGUUGCCCGAUCCAUUUGCUGUGGUGACCGUAGACAGCGAACAAACCCACACGACGACCGUUAUGAAGAAAACGUUGAAUCCAUAUUGGAAUGAGAGUUUUGAUUUACAAGUGACGAACCAGAGUGUGAUUGCAGUCCAGGUGUUUGACCAAAAGAAAUUCAAGAAGAAGGACCAAGGCUUCUUGGGUGUCAUUAACGUGCAGGUUGGAAAUGUAUUUGAUAUCGAUGUUGGUGGUGACGAAAUGCUUAACCUGGAUCUGAAAAAAUCCAAUGCAAACGAGACAGUCCACGGAAAACUCAUUCUUAACCUCUCAACAAAUGUCAAUGCACCUAUUCGCAAUGGCACCAAUACCCUCGCUCCCGGAACAACUUCUCAGGCCACUACCUCUGGGCAGACAUCUCAAGAAAACUCGCAACCACCAGUUGUGACCGAUUAUCCGGCCUCUGGACCUGCUGUGUCUGCAAACACAGAUGACCUUCCACAAGGAUGGGAGAGACGUGUGGAUCAUCUCGGAAGGCCUUAUUAUGUGGAUCACAACACACGCACCACCACAUGGAAACGACCUUCAGCUGGAACUGCACAAGAGCAACAGACAAUCACUGAUCUAGAAAGACGUCGACAUAAUGCACGCGGACUUCCCGAAGAACGCUCUGCGGCAGGAAAUAGUUCAACCUCGCUUGACACUCGUUCACAACUUCCAAGCUCUGCUACACCAGCAGCUACCAGUAAUACCUCUCUCACGCCCCAAACCAACCUUGGUGUACAAAACAAUAUGACAACUGCAGGAACUGGCCCAUUACCACCAGGAUGGGAAAUGCGUACAACGCCCGAAGGUCGCCCAUAUUUUGUAGAUCACAACACGCGCACCACGACUUGGGUAGACCCUAGACGACAGCAGUACAUUAGCACCAUUGGUCCUGGAGCACAUCUCCAGGUUCAGGUACAACCUGUAUCACAACUUGGGCCUCUUCCUUCUGGCUGGGAAAUGCGCCUGACAAAUACUGGUCGCGUCUAUUUUGUCGACCAUAACACAAAGACUACCACUUGGGAUGAUCCUCGUCUUCCAAGUAGUUUGGACCAAAAUGUACCUCAGUACAAGAGAGAUUUCCGUCGAAAACUCAUCUAUUUCAGAUCCCAGCCAGCAUUGCGCCCUGUUCCUGGCCAGUGUCAUAUCAAAGUUCGUCGCGAUCACAUCUUCGAAGAUGCUUAUGCUGAGGUUAUGCGACAAUCACCAGCAGAUCUGAAGAAACGUCUGAUGAUUAAAUUUGAGGGCGAAGAUGGUUUGGAUUAUGGUGGUCUUUCAAGAGAGUUCUUCUUCUUACUUUCGCACGAAAUGUUUAAUCCAUUUUACUGUUUGUUUGAGUACUCUGCUCAUGACAACUAUACACUUCAGAUUAACCCUCACUCGGGUAUUAAUCCUGAGCAUCUCAACUACUUCAGAUUCAUUGGUCGUGUAGUUGGUCUUUCAAUCUUCCACCGUCGCUUCCUUGAUGCGUUCUUUAUUGUUUCAUUCUACAAGAUGAUUUUGAACAAACGUGUGGCGGUAGUUGACAUGGAAAGUGUCGACGCUGAAUUUCAUCGUAGUUUAAAGUGGAUCCUAGAUAACGAUAUAACCGAUGUAUUAGAUCUCACUUUCUCCACAGAUGAUGAUCGUUUUGGUGAAUUAGUUACUGUUGAUCUGAAGCCUGAUGGCCAGAACAUUGAAGUCACAGAAGAAAACAAGAAGGAAUAUGUAGAUUUGAUCACUGAAUGGCGUAUCUCCAAGCGUGUUGAGGAACAGUUCAAGGCGUUUAAGGAUGGUUUUAACCAGUUGAUCCCUCAAGAUCUUAUCAAUGUGUUUGACGAACGAGAACUUGAACUUUUAAUCGGAGGUAUUGCCGAGAUUGACGUUGACGACUGGAAGAAGCACACCGAUUAUAGAGGAUACACUGAGCAAGAUGACGUGAUUCAGUGGUUCUGGAAGUGCGUGAGCUCCUGGGACAGUGAAAAGAAAUCGCGUUUACUUCAGUUUACCACUGGUACUUCUCGUAUUCCAGUCAACGGCUUUAAGGAUUUACAGGGAAGUGAUGGCCCCAGAAGAUUCACAAUUGAAAAGGCUGGCGAAGUUACUAUGCUGCCAAAGGCACACACUUGCUUCAACCGUAUUGAUAUGCCACCUUAUAAGACAUAUGAAUCUCUUGUGGCUAAGUUAACCCUUGCUGUAGAAGAAACAAUGGGCUUUGGCCAAGAGUAGUUCCUCGAUAUACGCAAUUGAUAAUUUCUCCCCUUCCCCGUUUUCCUUAUUUUUUUUUCCAACAUUUCAAUACACCAUUUCUCGUUUUAUAUUU